UACCCUCCCUCUUGCGGGUACGCGCAUAUUGAUGUCUAGUCUCCGUCGUUACGGGAUGCGUUUUCGUCCUCCGAACGCCAGCGCAAGCUUGACCGACGGACGGCGUUCCACAACAGCUGUAGUCUCCGUGGUGGCUGCUGCUGCUGCUGGUGAGGAAGUGCUGUCGCCGCUACGGCCGACGACGAAGAGGAAUCGAAAAGAGAAGGAGCUCGAUGAUGUUUGAGAACAGAGGAAGGAGACGUUCGAGCAGAUGUUGCUUCGAGAGUCGAUGUAGCUGGUGAGAUGGGAAAUUGUGUUUCACCGGAGACGGAUGAGUCGUCCUUCGCGGUGUGGAACGUCGAUGAUGGUGGAAACCGGGUGCAGCCGGGGAGGAUAUCACUCACGGAAACACAUCUCGUGUUCGUUCAGAAGGGCGGUGAGCCGAUUCGGUGGCCGCUCAGUGGACUCCGACGGUACGGUUUCGAUGCAGAACUCUUCUCGUUCGAGUCGGGUCGCCGCUGUCCGACCGGGAGCGGUGUCUACGCUUUCAAGUGUCCACGGGCUGAGCGUCUCUUUAAUCUGCUCCAAGAACGGAUACAGGCACAAGCCCCGAUCCGGCCCAACUCAUUGAUCGAUUCGCCGCCCACUCCCCAGGAAAUGAGGACCACAGCUGACUACCUCGAACCCAUUUCCUUGGGAGCCCAAGUGGUGUCCACAGUAAAUUUUGUCAACAAUGUUUCGCCUGCCGGUGCCCUCGCUUCUGGGCCACUUUAUCAAAACGUUCCCCAACAGCAGCCGCAAAUACAGCCGGCGUCGAUAGCCAAUGCGGUGACGACAAUGUCCAAUAGCACCAAACGCAUCGUCGCCUCGUUGGACUCUUUGAAUGCGCCCGGCGUCAAUUACGUCGUACUCGAUCUCGACCAGCCCAGUGAGCCGCCCACGCCAACGUCUCCGACCUCUCCGACUCCGACGGCUGUGAGCGUCCCUCUACAGUCCCCUUCUCCUCCUGCCCAACUAGGUUAUGCUCAAAUCGACUUCGACAAGACCAUGGCCUUACAGCAGAUAGCGAGCCGAUCGAGAACAUCGGACUCGUGAUCCCCACCAAUGGGAGCCGGAGCUUGUGCAGUGACUAAACUUGUCGAUCGACUCCGAGGAGUACGCAGUCGUCUUCCCGCCGUGCCCGUAGGGCCUCAGUCAUGAACCGAAAGGACGACCAUAAUAUCUCCAACAGUGAUGAUGAGCUGAUAAGAUACGAGCACUGCGCACGGAAUAUGGUGACAGACGACCGCAGCGAUGACUAGUGCUGCGUAUCGUACCGCUUUGAUAGCCGCCUCGAUGUAGCGACUGACGCCGCGACGCUGCUCCCCGGGACCCCACUUCUUAGCGUCUGACCCAAAUUGUUUAGGAACGCUCACGUGCCUCUCGGCCGGCCCGCUUGCCAGUAUGUGUGCCUGUAGAAUCGCCUGCAUGAUCGUACGUGCUGAGUGCGGGAGCUCUCAAGGGAGCGUGGGAAUGUCUGUUUAUUUUUGCUACGUCUUUAAAAAAAUUACCAGCGCAACAACCGGAAGACUGAUAAGAGCUGUGGGAGAUCAUUGACGGGUGCUGUACACGUCAGCAAUUAUACGAGCUCUGCCGAGUCGAGCUCG